CACUAGGUGACGGGAACGCUCCUCAGAGUGAGCCGCGUUUCACAACAGACAGAAGAAGAGCUCAGGCUGCAGCUGGAGCGCGGCGCACUCAGAUAGGUCCGCGCCCUCGUUCCUCCGUACCCCUCGAGUUAACCCCCUGUCGCUCUUAUUGCCUCCUCUCGUGCCUCAUGGUUUCCCCCGCGCAGCAGCUCGUACUGGCCUUUACUGCCGCGCUCUGCCUUUUCAUCGUGAUUCCCCGGCUGUUCGGCGGCGGCGGCGGAGCGAGAGAGGAGCGAGCACCGCGGAGAGGUCCCCCUCUGGCCCCCGGGGCUCUGAAGGGCCCCCAGCCACAGCAGGCCUUCAGCAGUGUGGAGAACAUGCAGCAGAUGAAGAAGCUGAUGGAGCAAGAACUGCGCGGUGAUAAAUAUAAAUCCAACAACAAAGGAUACGUUUUCACCUUAAUGCCCCUCUACGCUAUCGGGGUGGGCAUAUUUGCUGCUUACAAAUUCCUAAAGAUCAAAUCUGCAGAGGACACUCGGAUUCAGAAGGAGAAAACAGCUCAAGGAAUCAAGAAGUCUGAAGAGACAGAGAAUCAGCUAAAUGAGUUGGAGCAGCGUUUGGCUCAGACAGAGAAGAUGCUCAACUCCAUACUGACCCAACUGGACCCACUGACCAACUGUGUGAAAUCUGUUGCUAUGGAGCAGAAGAAUGAGAUAAUGUCCCAGCUGCAGUGUAUCCGGGACCUGAUGAAGAAAAGAGGCAUGCAGUGUCCACCCAUCAACACAGCAGAUGCGUCGUGUGAACGUAACCUUGACAACCUUAUUGAGUCACUGACCGCGAUGGAAACGCUGGGGGAUACGAAACCACAAAUGCACUGCAGUGGAAAAACACACCUUUACACACCUCACACACUUCACACCCAGAUGGAGAGAGAAGAGGAGGACGAGGAAAGUGGAGAGAAAGAUGAAGAGGAGGAUGAAGAAAGAGGAACUAAAGAGGAAGAUGACGAGCAGGAUAAAGAAGCAGACGGAUGCGAGAGUGACUCCAGCAUGCCGUCUCUGGAGGAGCUGGAGGAAGUGGGCAUGACUCCAACAGCUCCAGAAGAGUUGGGGGCGGGGCUACGCAGACGGAACCGGCCUGACUGAGUGAGAGGAGGCUUUUGAAGCGACAGCUCAGCGAUAAACCAAAUUUACCCAGUGUUCCAUUCUUACCCCAAAUGUAAGAUCAUUUAAAACGUGUUUGGUGUCUGAAGUCUGUUUUAGACCAGUCAUGAUGUCAAGUCUUGUAUAACUUGACAUGCAUGGCAAUGUGACCUGUAAAAUACUGUUUAAGGGCUGCAUGUUAGAAUGAUGCAAAGCCCAAACAUAACCUGUUAAAGGUAAGACAGUCACGUACCAGGUCCGUAGUGUGAAAACACUGAAGAUUUAGCAAUGUGUGUAGAAUGCCUUUUAACUAGUUGCUUUGUGGUCUGAGCCAACUUGUAUAAAGCAGCGGUUUUCAAACUGGUCCUCAGAGGCUCUGAAAUGGUCCACAUUUCUGUUAUAAUUAUGUGCGAGUUAAUGAAGCAAAACUGCAGGCCAUCUGUGGGACCAUCCCUGAGGACCAGUCUGAGAGUUAAGCAGUUUAACCAUAGAGAAUGUGGUCACACAAGCAGCUGAUAUUACAUCCUAUGUUGGUCAUCAUGGAUGGAAAACUGGAAAUCAAAACAUUUUCGUUUUGUAAUGCUAGCUGAGUAUUUUCUCUCAUAGAUUAAUCACAAAAUGAAUCUAAAACACAAAAUUAAAUCGCUAAACGCACCCCAACCAUCAGGUAAGGAUUUCCACUUUUGUCAACUACAUGCAAUAAAUGAAGGCUGAAUGGUCCAUGUUUUCAGUUUUUAUUCACAACAGUGUAAAAAUACUUCCUUGUUGAGUUAGUUGGAUGCUAUUGAUUAAAAAUGUGUUUUAAAAAUGAAUUGAAAUAGCAAAAUUAGUAAAAGAAUCCAUCCAUCCAUUUUUUAAGCCGCUUCUCCGUCAGGGUCGCGGGGAGUAAAAGAAUCAAAUCACAAAAUCAAAUUCACGCAAAAUUCUGUCCUCCACUUUCCACCCAGAUGUAGUUGAUGAACCAAAAUAUGUUUGGAGUCCAAAUUUUACUUCUUGAUUUUAGAACUAGAGCCAACACUAGAGCACACACUAAAAUCCAAUAGUCACCCAAAUAGCACAAUUCGCUUCUGUAAGAUUACAUCACCAGAACUUGAAACCACUCAGGUCUCCAUUAAGGUCAUGCAGACCCGUCAGUGUGUUUUAGAACACAGUUUGACUUGCUGUCAACUUCAAAACAAAACCAUGAACAAGCUCCCUUUUCUAAACAAAAGCAAUUUGGACUGUAAAUAUGUUGGCUGAUUUACUCCAUCUGGGGUAAUCUGGAGAAAAAUUAGGCAAAUUUGAUUUUUUUUUUUUGCAAAACAAUUUCUUUAAGAUGCCCAUCAAGUGAUAAAAGCUACUUACCAAUUAGCAUGGUGCUAACUGCAUGUCUGAAUCAUCACACUCCCGCCUCAAACUGUGUGGUGUUAAGCAUCUAACAGAGUUGCAUGUGUGGUGGUGUCACUGUAUGACACAUUUCUAUAAACAUGGACUAAAUUAAGGACAAAAUUCAGACUUAAAGAUGGAUGCUACAGCUUUUAUUAGAUGUUAGCAGCAUAGUUUUGUUCUUGUAUCACCAGUGCUAAAACUAAAGAAGCAGACGUGAGACACCAAACAUUUCUAGGCUGAUCAAGUACAUUUGUGGUAAAUGGGACGACGACUAUAAAUUUGUUUAGCCAAACUGUCGCUUUAAAUAUCAACGUCAGCCUUAUUUAUUAUUUAUUUAUUUGUUGUACAAUAUAGCCAGCAGAACACACUAAUAAAGUGUUACGCCAUAAUUUGGACAUAUUCUUUUUUUUUUUUUUUUUUUUUUUUUUAAUCACAGGUUUAGUAUAUGCAUUGUAUGCAAUAUUUCUUCUAAAGGCUAAAUAAACAUACUGUUAAAUGGCUGAAGAAGUUGUUAUAAAAACUGUUUCUCUAAGCAUGUGUGGUUUGUGCUAUGCAUGUGUGCUUUGAUAGUUUGGGGAAAUGUUUAAUUGUUGGACUGUUUGCAUGUUGUUGGUGUGUAAUUGAAUGACAAUCAUGAAGUUUAUUUUCUGACUGUAGGCUACCUCAUUAAAGUCUUUCUAUUAAAGCUUUGAGUUAAAGUGCAUGCUGAUCUGUCCAGAGCAGUUAAAAACACUUUUGCUAAAUCCUCUACUGUACAUAGCGGUUUGUGUUUAUUUGAAAUGAUCGGUUAUGUAUUUACUUUUGUUUUGUAAACAUAUUUUGAUCUUUAAGUGGGUGUUCUGCAUAGCUCUAUAAAUGCAACUUUGAUAUAGGUGUGUUUUCUGUUUUGCAGGUUCUAAUGGAUCAUAUUUAGUUUAAUAUUUGGUCAUAUUCUCCAAAAAGUGCAAAAUUCAGAUGGCUAUGGAUUUACUCUAUGGCACAGUUUGAGCAAUUAAUACACUGUUUAUUGAUAUUUCGAAAAUGCUGGUUUAAAAAAAAAAGUCUGAUGCCACAUUCUAGUUUUAUUAGUAACAUUUAAAUGAGUGUUUUAUGAUCUAAAGUAAAAUCCAAUUUAAUAUUGAAGUGAUUACAUUAUGACAAGUUUGAAUUCUUAUUAGUGAAAUCUGAAUUGUAAAAAUUUUAUUAAAAAUAAACCGAAUUCUCAAAUGGAAUUUCUGAAAUUUGUAAAUAUAUAUAUAUUUUUUUGUAGUUAACACUUAUGAUUUCUCAUUUAGAAAAAGCUGAAACUACUUGCUGUAGUAUUCCACCUUUGAUGCAAUUUAUUUUGAAUAUGUACUGUUUUAGUGAGAAAUGAAAUGUUGUAGUUUGAGCUUGCUGAUAAAACUAUAUUCCUCCAUAGUUUAGCUGGAUGUGGUAGCCAUUUCUUCUUAUCUUUGUUAUUUCAGUUUUGUCUGUUAUUGGUCUGGUUUCAUUUUCGCCGCAGUGUCGAAGGAACAGAGCUUUAUCAGUUCAGUGAAUUCAUGUCCAGAUGGAUGUGAUUAAAGCAAUAGUUUGUUGAAUGUGAAUGUAAACUCACUCAUUUAUGCUUAUUUAGUUUUACACUGGAGCUACGAGGCUAAUGUAGCUGACCGGGUACAUACGCUAAUUAACUUCACUUAGCAUGGUGCUAACUGCAUGCCUAAAUCAAAACUCUUGCCUCUAACUGUGUGAAGUUGUUCAAUGAUCUCAAGUAGAGGGUUUUUUAUCUAUUUUUUAUUCCCAAGGAUUAGCAGCGUGUUAACUACUUGCCUUAAAGUUGAGAGAACUCAUUGCUAAUGAGGGAUCCUAAAUUUAUGCUACGUUAGCUUUAGCUACAUUAGCCCCUUAGGUCAAAUGUAAAACUAAGCAAACUUCAAACAAAGCAUGCAACUACAUUUGGGGUUAGGGUACAUUUGAUUUUUGGCUGAACUGGCACUUUAAAAUCAUAGCAUUUUUGCAGGGAAGCUUUGGGGGACUUGCCAUGAAAAGCUCCAUCUCCCGUUGCUCCAUCAGCUGUGGAAACGAUACUGUGUAAUAUAUAAAUGCAUGACAGGUUUGGCUUCAGUGGACAGUCAUACAGGCUUUUACAGACCCUAACUUCUCCUUUACUACUGUUUAAAGACACUCCUUGUACUGUCUGUCCUCUUCUUUGACUUUUAUUUUAGCUGUCUUCACGUUGAACUGUUUAUUAAGAGAGCUGGAACAGAAGCAGCGCUCGAUGCCUUAAAUGAAAUAAAUCAAAUAUAAAUCUGAA